CUCUGUUUGCUUGGAGAACUUGAGAGAUUCCAGCAAAGACUCAAUGGAUAAGAUGAACCACCUGUACCAAGGGCUCACGGGGCUGCGAAACCUGGGCAACACGUGCUACAUGAACGCCGUCCUGCAGUGCCUCUGCAGCAUGUCACCCCUUGUGGAGUACUUCCUCUCGGGAAAGUAUGUAGCGGCCCUGUGCAAGGAGAAUGGCGAGUCUGCGACUGCCUUUGGCUAUCUGAUGUCUGACAUGUGGCUGGGGGAGUUUGACUGCGUUUCCCCGGAGGUUUUUCGUUCGGUCCUUGGGGAGCGGUACCCGGCGUUUACCAAGCAGACUCAGCAGGACGCGCAGGAGUUUCUGAUCUGUGUGCUCAAUGAACUCCAUGAGGCUCUCAAGAAGUCAAGCAGCAGAAGAUGCCAAGGAAGUGCAACUGGUGCAAGAGAAAACAGAGUGAUCGCCGGUGAGACAUCUAUUAUCACACAGCUAUUUGAGGGACAACUCAGUUACGAUAUUACAUGCCUGGAAUGCGAGACCACUACUGACAAACCCGAGAUCUUCACAGUUCUUUCUCUCCCCAUCCCCUCUGAGAGCGCGUGCUCUCUGCAGGACUGUCUCAGAUGCUUCUUUCAGCAAGACAAACUGACUUGGAACAACCAAAUCCUUUGUUCAUGGUGUGGGACAAAACAAGAUGCUGCAGUAAAGGCCAACUUAACCAAGGCACCAAAGAUAAUUAUUUUUCAUUUAAAGAGGUUUGACUGUCAAGGCAACUACAAAAAGAAACUUCUAACUGACAUUUGCUAUCCGCUGAGCAACUUGGACCUGUCUCCUUACAGGAGACCCUUCUGUUUUAACAAACCCUCUUGCUUGUUCCAGAACCACUUUGGCUUUCUGGACGGCGGCCACUACACGGCGUUCUGCAGGCACUCAGUCACCAAGAGCUGGUACAGCUUUGAUGAUGCGCAGAUCACGGCGAUCCCCAGCUCCUCCGUGCAGACUGCUGCAGCUUAUCUCCUCUUCUACACCUGCCAAGCCUUCUCUGCACCCACAAAAAGCCACUAGCAGUGAAAGACUGAACAGUGAGUAAGCCAGUGAUCCAAGUUCAUUGGUAGCAUUUACUCAGUCCUGUUUCAUCAAUAAACUACAGUAUUUGCAUUACUGGAUAAUCUGCUGUGGUCUUUUAGAAGGUAAUUUCUAUUG